UGCUGCUUGAGCACUUCAUAUCAUAACAACAACAGUUUUUUUUUUUUUUGCCGCCCUGCAGCUAGAUCCUAAAUUCAAUUCCUUUUGUAAUUGUAUUCAAAUAUUCUCAGAUGGAUUCCGCCGCAUGAUCCUUCUUCCGUUUCAAUGUCCUCUUCCGCCGUUGCUGGCAUCGACGCGACGCGUCCAGCGCGGUCAAGGAUCUUGACACCAAGCUCUGAAGGGAGCUCAAAUCACAAAGAUGAGCUGCGUUCUCCCGACGGACACAAGAGGAAGAGGGCCGACUCAGUAGCCAUGGAGCAUCUUUUGAAGCCGUCGAUUGCUGUCAAGCCUCAUCCUCCGAAACUUAAUGUCCAGCCUCGCAUCCUUUAUCCAUUGAUGGUCCUUCCCCGUGAACGCCUUCCUCUCUCUUGCAUCGAUUUUCACGUUACCAAUGUUGAUCUUGCUUCGCAUCGAUUCUUUGAGUCUCAUAUCAAGAUCCUCGACUUGGAGAGUCGAAUGGGCUCUGGCCCCGUGGUACUUCUAGCCAGAAAGGAAGCAAGUCGUGCCGUAUACGCUCUCGAGCGACAACCCAACGGAGUAUAUGUUGUAUGCAGGCUAGGACCCUGGGUAGACUUGGAGGCUCUGGCAGACGACGCAUCUGCUGUCUGUCGAGAACGCUUACGCCCAGCUGCUAGAACCGAGUCUCGAAGCCAAUACGGGCCUUCCGUAAUCACCACCCCACACAUUCAUAAGGAGGAAAACAUCAAACGAGCGGCCAUCGAAGCUAUUCAAACCCUGGUCCGCAAAAGACCUAGGUCGCAGUCUGUUUCAACAUUGGCCGAGUCUGUGAAAUUAGAAGCUGCCCCAGAAGCUGCUAUGACUGCAGAGUCCAAACUUCCAUCGCCAACCUUCAGACCAGAAGAACUGCCAAAAACCCUAAGCGAGCAGCAAGCUCAGGCAUCACGUCCAACAACUGCAAUUUCAACAUCUGACAUCAUCGAGGAGCCUUCCCAGCAGCCGACUACAGAAAGCUUAUUCGAAACCUUGAGAACCCAGUACUUUGAGAUGCUAUACAAGUCCAUGGGAUCGCUCGCCUAUUUUGCCAAAGGGCCUCUCUCUCGUGCUCGUUCUGCUUUCCAUCUCGACCUUGAAGCUAAUCUAGAGAUUGAGGAUCUCAUCGAAUUCUUGAAAGGACUCGUGCUGACCACUGUCCAAAUCGACAAAAAGUACCGUGAGACUGUUCCAGCUCUCAUAACCCAGAUGAAAACGGUGGUGGAUAGUUCUGACGAGGGUCCGAAGAGAAAGCGCCGAGCCAAGAAGAUGAAGAUUGGAAAGGAUGGACUCUAUCCACACGAAGAAACUCAUAUCAGAAAGUGGUGGGCUACCAACAAGCCUGAACUGAACGAGGACGAGACCAACGUUUCCACUCAACAAAUUCGAUCACUUACCUCUAUGCUUCGCACGAGAGAAACCCAGCUCCAGAUGAUAAUCAUAUUGGAGAUCCUGGCAUUGACUCCCCUGAGACCCGCAGACGGUGCGGAAGAUAGCCAGCUCCCCCUACUGCCUGGUGCUGCUGAAUCUCAGGGUGACACGGUGGUUCCUUCGGCCAAGAAGCGGAGCAAACAUAAUCUUCCUGUUCUUGUAGAUGUCCACGCUGAUCGAUUGACUAUUUGGCAAUCUACUGCUUCCGACGAGCAGCUGCUUUUAGAAGACUCCCAAAUCACCCAAGCACCGGAUGGUCAAUCUCAGCAGAAGGCGUCAUCGGAGCCUCUCAAAGACUUUUGCGUGGACAUCAUUGUGCCAUUCUUCUCCCAUAGGCUCCCAGAGCUAUGUGAUUCGAUCAACCGUAAACUGGGAGGGCCGAUCAUUGUGAAACCUACAAGGCCAAAGGUUCUGAAACGACCAUCAAGCAAGCGUUCACCUAAGCCAGGAGCAGUUGCCAAACACUCUUUGUCAGGUCAGCCUACAAGAACGUUACAAAGAGCUCUCUCGACAGAGCAGCAGUCGCGACGAAGUGUUUCCAGAGGCCCCAGCAACAUGAUUGCCCUCAUGCGCUCUGCAACAUCCACUUCUCUGCCAGGUAUCAAGCGAGAAGCUAGCGAUCCAUCCCUGGCUAAGUCGGUCCUGAACGCUGAGCCCGAUCUAAUGAAUAGGAAGAGUGGGCCAUUAUCUCGGAGCAACAGUGUUACCAAUCUGCAAGACGCAAAAUCUAACAAAAAGGCUCAAGUUGAAGCUGAGCUAAAAGAGGCUAUUUCUUCUUUGAGAAAGCCUAACCGCGAAGUUGUCAGUAAGGCACUGGCUGAAGCGGCUGAGCGGCGUGCAACAGUGGGCUCUUCGGCCAAGAAAGUGAGAAAGCCAGGCAGAAGCUCUCUAGGCGGAUCCGUUGUGAAGGCAACGCCAGCAAACACACGCUUCAGAGAUGUAUUUGCAAAACCACAUGUGGCAGAUACCCCCAUUAUGAGCACUGAAGAUGUUAUUCCUCCUUCAAGCCUUCCCUCCGUUGUUCCCUCUACUGGUUUCCGAGGAGCACAGCGGGAUGGCUUAGGUCAGAGUCCAACUCCUGACAUUGAAAGGAUCGGCAGUACGCCUACAAAGGCCGGAUCAAGUUUCAUUCGUCGGCCUAGGAUCGAUGAAGACGUUUUGCCAUUCCCACCGUCUUCGCCGUCUCUAGAACGACGAACUAUAUCUGCUGCCGACCUGUUCAACCCGAGUGGAGUCACGAAUCGAAAAAGAAUGGUCAGUUUCACUGUUUCUCCUGAUGACGAGCUUUUGGCAACGCCCGUGAAGGGUAUGAAAACAAAAAACAUAGAUUUGGAAAACCAGGCGGCCGAGUCAAUGCCUGCUAAGUCAGUGUCAAUAUAUGAGAAACUAGGAUGGGAUGACGACCUAGAUGACCUGUUAUGAGUUACUUAUCAGAACAUAUAGUGGUGUUUUUAUGAGGAACAUGCAUCAUUGCAGCAGGAGUUUCGGCAUCGUUAGAAGGCGUUGGGAUAUAACAAAUAUUGUAUCGGCAAUGAUAUUAGAGAUACGACACAUGAUACAGGCAAUAUGAUAGCUCAACAUUAACACAUUUGGCUUGAAUGAAACGGACUUUAUGCCGCUGCUGGCUCUACCAACAUGGUUGGUAAAUCUCUGAUAUCAACAUGCUCCUGCGACCCUAGAUCAACAACUCGCAUAGCCUCGAGGCCCACGACGCCUUCUUGUAGCGCGAGAAAUUGAAGCUCGACUACGUGACAAGCUCCUGGGGCAAGAGGACCGACCCGGGUAUCAGCGCUUAAGCAAACAACAUCAGUUGACUCGACGGAUGAGUUCUUCUGUAAUGCGUGGAGUACAUUUUCGUCAGUGACCGCAUCGGCAACGUCUUUUUCACCAUUUCGUCGCCCACCCACUGAUGGAGGCCGUGUCAUACGGACUUCGCCUCGCCGGCGUUUGGGAAUAGCAACAAGGGCAAGUUUGCGGGGAGGCGCAGAAUUCUUUUCUAUGGCACGGUUCACAAUAUAGACGGUCCAAGAAAAGACCUGGCCUGGGUAGACAGGUUCAGAGGGA